AUGGACUGCAAGAUAUGCUUCCAUAGAUAUAGCUCAAUUAUGAAGAAGCUGACCCCGAGAAUUUUGACAAAUUGUGGGCAUACAAUGUGUGAGGAUUGUGUUGGACGGCAAAUGGCGGAUGGAAAAAUUAUGUGUCCGUUCGAUAGGAAGGUUACAACUGUUAGAGGUGAUGUCGAACAGCUAGCCAAAAACUUUGCCGUUCUGGAGAUUAUGGAAGAAUUGAAAAAGUUCUUAAUUGUGGAGUCAGAUGAGGAAUCUGCUGUGGUACAGAAAGCAGUUGCUGGCGAUCAAUUGGAUUCUGAUGAUUCAGAAGACCAACCAGCCAAUGUGGAGGAAGAUGCAGAUAAUGUAGAUCAGCAAUCUGAAGGUCAUUCAGAUGACAUGGAGGAGGAUUAUCAAGAAGACGAUUUAGAAGAUUACUAUGAUGGUCUCUAUGAUGACUAUGCGUACGCUGAUCCAGAAGAUGAAUAUUCUGAUGGUCAAGACUCGAACCCUACAGUGUUCGAAUCUUCAGAUGAUGGAGAUCAGCAAUCUGAAGGUCAUCCAGAUGACGUGGAUGAUGUUACCCCUCAACGCCGUAAUCUUCAGAAUAGUAAUCUAUCGUAUAGCGGUCGUUGGACUAAUUACCCGUAUCGUAAUAGCCAACAAUAUCCUCUCAGACCACAGAAUAACCCACAUGUUAACUACAGUAAUCCUCCACUAGUCAACAACAGUCUGCCUCCGCCAAUCAACUACAGUAAUCCACCACCGGUAUUCUAUGCUGGCGCACCAAUUCACUACGGCCUCCCCCCACCAGGUAGUUACAGUAAUCCCCUGCAAAUUAUAUAUUGUCUUGUUCCACCGAAUGGCAACAGUAAUCUCAUGGGACUCGUUGAUAGUCAGCCAUCACAAAACAACUACAGUAAUCCCCCACAAGUGUUCUAUGCUCCAGCCCCACAAAUGAACUACAGUAACCCAUUACAAGUUAGUAGUAGUCAGCAACCAGGAGGUAACUACAUCAAUUCCCCUCUCAGUAAUCCCUCACAGGUUAACUACAGUAAUCGGCCACUAGCUAAUCGCAGGAAUCCUUCACAAGUUGUCAGUCACCCGCUGAGUAGCUACAGUAACCCAUCACAAGUUAACGAUAGUCAGCGCCCACAAAACAACUACAGUAAUCCACCACCGUUAUUCUAUGUUGGCGCACCAAUUCACUACAGUAAUCCCCCGCAAAUCAACAAUCGUCAGGCACCGCAAGGAAGCUACAGGAACCCAUCACAAGUUAACAAUAGUCAGCAACCACUACUUAACUACAGUAUCCCCUCACAAAUGAACUACAAUAAUCCCCCACAAAUGAACUACAGUAAUCCCCCACAAAUCAACAAUAAUCGCCCACUAGUUAACCGCAGUAAUCCCUCGCAAGUUAACCGCAAUAAUCAUCCACUAGUUAACCGCAGUAAUCCCUCGCAAGUUAACCGCAAUAAUUACACACAAGUUGACUACAGUUAUCCCCCAUAG